CGAUCUCUUCCUUGUUUGUCCUUUGUCAAAUACUGUUGUUCAUACUAUUUCAACAUUGAAUGGACACUGAUUUGUCACUGUUUUCUCUACCCUUCUAGUGCAUCGUGCAUAAGAGGUCAUCGGGUAAAGAAAUGCGAUCACAAAGAUCGUCCACUCAUAGCCAUUGUAAAAAGGGGGAGACAAGUGAGCCAAUGCAACCACUGUCGGGUAUUAAGAAAAACAAAUGGAUCCCAUGUGAAGUGCACUUGUGCCAUGUCAGGUGGUAAAUUGUUUAAUCCAUCCAAUCGAACUUGUCCUUUGCAGACUUUCAUAAUGCUGAGCAGAUGUGCAAUUGUUAUUUUUUAGCGCCCAAUCCAAUAACCGGAUGCCUAUGCGAGGUUAUCAAUGAUUGCAGCUGUGUUGCUAGCCAUUUACGUGAAGUGAAGAUUGAUGACAAUAGUUCAGAAGUUGACUCGACUGGAUUCUCGGAUGAAGCAAAUUCUCUCGCAGUAUUAUCACCACAAGCUACUGAUUUUUUGAAUACUAUUAACAGCGGCAUAGCUGCUAACCCGGCUGACGCAGAACUACAGCCAUUGAUGCAGCCCACUUCAAGCAAUACCGUAGAGAGCACAGCACAAAUUUCUAAAGUACAAUCGUCAGAGCCUCACAUGAACCCCGCAAAUAUCACACAGAAUGAUUUCAACACAUUUGUACCGCAUAUCCAAAAUGCUUCCACAAUUCUAGGAGAGCAAGAUCAAGAUUUGGCCAAUUUUUUGUUUAAUGACCUUGAUAAAUAUCUAACAUGAAAGCAGCAAUAGCCCAAAUUCAAGUUUUACGACCAUACAUCAGCUGAUCGAGAAUGUUCUGUUACUCCUUCCACUAGUCAAACAACGUAAAGGACGCCUCGAUUUACGCAAUG